AUGGAAUAUGACCCGGCAUCACCUACAGAUGAGCCAGAGGACCCUCUUCCAGACGUUGAUCUCUCCAGUAUCCCGCUUCCCGGUAUCAGAAUCCUGCCAUCCGUUGAGUGUGGAGACGUUUCCACGAUAACUACGUGCAUCACCGAUAUCCCACUUCCACCAACAGACCUGAAAGCCUCCGAGAUACCCCUUCCACCGGCACCUGUUGCCGUGCAGUAUGCUCCAUACUUUUCUGAACAUUCGCUUCCUGCGGUGCCGCCACCACCACCACCGCCUCCACCUGCUGCUACUAAUUACAGUGAGCCAGAUUCCGCCUCUGUCCCACUGAAGUUUAGCCUACGUAGUUCUGCAAAAGGUCUUGGACAGGAUGUUUCGGGCGAGCCUUCUGGCGUUUUCGAGUCCUCAAAGGACCUUAAAACCAGCGAACCACGUGCAAUGCCGAAACUCCAAGCACUAAUGAAGCGCUCAAAGCCCUCAAAACUGACUGUGGGUGUCCUACCGUCCAAAACCAAACUCCCCGCCUCCGAGACGAAAACUGAGCUUUUCCUACCUACAAAGGAAAGUGAUGAAAACAACGGUGUUACAGCCGCCUUGGAAGUGGCAGCCAGUUUGGCUUCUACCAUAAAUUCAAGUGGGCUUCAGUCUGCUCCUUCAAAUCCAACUUCCGACCCCAAUGAACUUCUUACGAACGCUAUGAAAGAGGUGAGUGCGUUAAACAGCUUGGUUCACAUGGCUUCUACUGGAAAUCUCGCGCAGAUCGCCGUUGAGGCAUCACGUGCGGAACUAUCUGCACAUCUUCCUUCUACUCUUUCUUCUGCUAACAACUCCGCGGCACAUAUCCCCAAUCUUAUGAGCUUGACCGUGCAACCUGUACAGCCGACACCCCAACCUACCGCACUGUCGGCCGACCCGACAUCCGUCCUGCGACAACCGAAGAUGAACCUCGCUAAUAUGCAGUUUGUCAACCCACAGAAAUUGCGAUCUGCACAAAUGAUAGCAACCCCUUUGAUAGCCAAUCCUGCAAUUGCUGCACAGCCUCACCACUCCGACGAACAGUCAAAGUCCAGAGAUAGUCGGCGGCGUUCGCGAUCUCGGUCACGCAGAAGAUCGCACUCAGGUCGUCGUUCAAGUCCUAACCGCAGGAGUCGACGGCAUCACUCCUCGAGUUCAGAUGGUUCUACUCCGCGCCACUCUUCCCGAGGGUAUCAACGACGGUCCAGGUCACGCCACAGCUCGGAGGAGCGAUAUACAAAACCCCGAAGACAAUCAAGGGGUCGAGAUUGGGACAGACGUGAUCGGGACCGCUGGAGAGAAGAUUCGUUCGAAUCGGAGCGCAGGCGGAGGAGCGACAGAUCGUUUGGUGAACGGCGUACUGCUGCGAGGGUUUCACCUAUAUCGAGAUACAGUGAGAGAUCGCGUCGUCGUUCUGACUCUCACGAUCGUUCCUGGCGUAAUAGGUUGUCCAGAAGGUCACCGGACCGUGACAAACGAGCUGAUUCCAGAGAUAGGGAUCGGUUUUCGCGGAACGAGGCUGACCGGCGCAGGUCUAAGCCCGCCGAAAGAAAACGAUCGCGCUCCCCUUCGGAACGAGAGGACGUCGAACGGAAACGCAGAAAGUCGAGCUCCGAACAGCGACCGGCUGAUAAAAUUGGACAGAAAUCAAAGGAUGUUAGAAUCGAUCAAACCAGAGUGGAUAAUCACAAUCAGGGGAUAGCAUCGUCGGACAGUGAGGCAGAAUCUAGCGAUACUUCUGAGAGCUCCAGUGAUUCACACCGAAGUAAAAGUUCAGGGGCACCUGUGGCAGAGAAGUCAUCACCUAAGAAGUCAGUGCGGCCUCGUUCAGUCAGUUCUAAAGAAAGUUCGGAUUCCUCUCCUAUGCAGGAUGCUAUGAAGGAUGAUUGCCAAGAGGCGGAUGAUUUACCCACUAGCGAACCCAGCCCGGCUAAGUCGUUAUCCACCCGAGAAUCAGAACUCAUAAAUGCGUCGUUACAUCCGAGGAAUGCUGGUGUAGGCUCUGUUUCUCCAGUCGCGCCUUCCCAGCAAGAUGAGAGUGAUGCCAUGGAUUUGGCCUCAGAUACCGAAGUAGGCUCAGCUGACACCGGUAGUCCGGGACCUGUUUCGAUCGCGCAACUUUGCAGUGAUGACGUUUUUUGUGGCAAUACUCCUGAACAAUCUGCAUCGCACGUUAAUUCGGAUGCCGACCUAACGGGGAUUCAGCAUUCAACCGUACCCUCCGGGGGCCCACCAAGUUCUUCGGCACACGAACUCUCAUCACCCAAUACCGUGCGAUUGGAUUCCACAUUGGAACCUAUCGCUGCGGUCACAAAUCUCAUGGUAGACACCAGUCCUCAACCCUCACCGGCGCAUUCCAUCCCUGGGCGUGUCGAGGGCAAGUAUGAUCUACGCGAGAGGAAGACGAAGGAGAACAGAGCAACUGACAGGGAGUUGGACCGUCUACUCAGUGCGAUGUUUGCCGAUCUUGCAAGGUCUGAACCAUCUUCGGAAGUUUUUGAUUCCCACCCAGAGGCUCCCAGACCAGAAUACCAGCACAUUGUUGAAAAUGAUUAUAGUCGAAUAGAGCGCAUCAACAUGACAACAAUGCAAAAUAAGGUGGACGGUACCGCCAAAGCUAGCUUACUUGGGUCGACGGCUAGUUUGACACAUCAUGAAAUGCGACGUUGGAUCUGUGACUGUGCAACACCUUCCGUGGAGGAAAUAAGAGCUGGGAUUUUCCCUUGCGGUCCAGGCUGCAUCAAUCGGGCAUUGAAUAUUGAAUGUGGCCCAUCCUGUCCAGCAGGCGAAUUUUGUCAUAAUCGUCAAUUUCAAAAGCGUUUGUAUGCGCCAACCGAACCAUUUUAUUGUGGACCGGGAAAGGGUUGGGGGCUGAGAACCACAUCCCCGGUCAAGAGGUCCACGUUCAUAAUUGAGUACGUUGGAGAGGUGAUUGAUUUCACGGAGUUUCGUCGUCGAAUCAGACGUUACGAGAAGCUUGGCCAUGCACACCAUUAUUUCAUGGCCCUGGAAUCUGACAGGUUUAUUGACGCUGGUGCCAAGGGGAACUGGGCACGCUUUGUGAACCACUCUUGUGAGCCAAAUUGCGUCACACAGAAGUGGAGUGUGGACGGUGAGAUUCGGAUCGGGUUCUUCGCUAGAGAAGAUAUUAAAGCCGGUGAAGAGAUCACUAUUGAUUACCAAUUUGUCCAAUUCGGUGCCUCGGAACAAAAGUGCUACUGUGGGAAGCCAACUUGUUCGGGAAUAAUGGGUUCCACCAGCAAAACCCUCCAAGAUAAGGUUCGUCUCAAGGAUACCAGUGUGGUUGAACGGCGAGUGAUGCAGCUGCUGCAGCGGGAUUCGUUUCAGCGUGCCGACGAUAUCACUCUUGUUUUGCAAGUUAUGGUACAAGAGUGUCUUACCAGAUACACCCGCAUGGAGUUGCUUAAACGGCUAGCGGCUACGCAUUCAGUCGCUUGCUUGAAGCUUUUUCGCCAGUACAAUGGACUGGACAUGUUGGCAGCAUUCAUGUGUGAUUCACAUGUGGACGAUUGGGAGUUGAAACGACAAAUUCUUCUUUGCCUCGAUCACAUACCGGUGUCUGAACAAAAGCAAGUACAGUCCAACUCCCGUCUGAUGGAUAUUGUUGCUCAGUGGGCGGUUGAUCCACAUUAUUGUCGUCGUCGUUGCACUUCACCUGGAGACGCGCAAACUCCACAUAAUGACUCCAACAUGACGGGCAAUGGACGGAAUGGUGAUAAUGCUGAACACAAUAUCCUUUCAGGAGGUAGUCGUCAUCUGGUCGUCGAAAUGGAAGGGAUUGGUUUCCCAGCACCAGCCACUCCAGUCGGAAACGUAACGAUGUCACAACAAGUUGGAGAGUAUAUUCCUGAAAAUGGUUAUGUUGGAGGCACUUCUCCCGUCCAGCUGAUUGUUGGAGGCGUUUUCGACUCCUACCCCUCAACACCCGGAUCCACACAGUCGUCUGUUCUCAGCCAAGUAACUACACAGUCGUCCUCAUUGACUGCUUCCGAUGUACACGCAAGCUCUAACUUGUCGUCUAAUCCUUCAGUUUCGGGGACCAACUGUGAGGUGUCUUUGGGUUCCGCAUAUGUGGAUGUGGAGACCGGUGAAGUCGAGCCUCCAAUGCUACCGAAUAGUGCUUCUAAUUCCAAAGAAAGCACCUCUCUGCCGGAUGAAGCCGAAUGGAUUCGGGAAAUCCGGCAACUGGCGUUACAGCUUAUCGAAAAGUGGUCGAAGUUACCGAAAGAAAACUACCGAAUUCCCCGGACGGAGCGACAGGAGACUGAAAAAGAACUACAUUUUCCAAACCAUACGGGUUCCUGUCUGGUAUCUUGGGGCCAUAACGAUGAAACUGAUCAUUCAGUUACUUCAUGGGGGCAGCCCAAUAACAAGAAGUUCUCAAGUUCUCGAUCCAGACGCAGUACGGAGAAUCCAAGUUGCAAUCUAUCCUCGCUUUCUACCGAAACAAACACCCGCAAGUUGACAAAGAUGGAGAGACGUAAAUUGUUUGAAGCGCAGGUGUGUGCAGCCGAAUCGAAAACGGAUGACUCCACUCCAGACCCGCCUCAGCCGUCAGCCUUUGGGUCUGAUAACCUUGAUGAAGUUGAAACGCUGCGUCAAUUGAUUCUGUGCUCACUCUUGGAGGAGUUGAAGAAAACUGGUCCGGAUCUUUCGAAAUUCGGAACACCCGGGAGCGAAGAGGGACGAACUGCCGUAUUGCUGAAUACAUUGCUGCAAACACUGCCCAGUCUUCUUUCAAAGUUAACAACUACCAAUGAUAUCAGCGCAAUUAAUCGAUUAUGCCAGGAACUGCAAAAGCGUAAAGCUGACCCUGUCAACGUCCUCCCCGCCGGAUGGCAGUCAGCCGUGGAUCCAAGUGGUCGCAUAUACUAUUACAAUAUGUCUACCAAGGUCGUUCAGUGGGAAAAACCCGGUUGCAGAGAUGGUAAUGACCAUAAUAAAUUGGGUUCAACUGAACCGUCAGAGAAGUCUACGCAACCCGUUUUGAGCGCCGAUGUGCGUAAGCAGAUGGAGAAGGACUUCACACAAGAGGUUGGGAAGUUCAUCCUCCGUUUGCUUCGACCGUAUCGUCUACCCAACUGCAUGACUGGACGGAUAGAGUCAAAUGAAGAUCUUGUUCACGUUACCAGAAAGAUGACUCACGCUUUUGUGUCCAAAGAACUCUUGCGUUGUCGUUACACAAUGCCCCCAACUUUAACCGAAACACUCCAAGAUCGCAUCCGUACCAGUUUGACACGUUACAUGACUUCUCGUGGAGCAGUCUACAGACGAGGCAAGAAAGCUCUUUCCACUCAGCCUGCGAUAACUUCAAUCAGCUCAAAAUCCGAAACUCCUGCCACAUAAAGCUAUUUUUCGUCAUGCUCUAGUCCUUUUGCAAAUUCCAAUCUUGUUUUGUUCGGUUUGCUGUGGUGUACAUAACAAACUUGCUUAGUUUUUUUCUUGGCUCGAACAUCGCCACCGUCUCACGCACUAAUCUUGUCUAAGUUACAGGCAGCAGCAACUCUUUGCGACCGAUAGAAUUUCUGACAAUAGGAAUUUUCUCUUUUGGAACACCCCUGAAACUGCGAAUUUCUUCAAUUCCCGUCUAACCGCCUAUGGUCCCAACAUUUAUUGGCACCAUUGUACUCGGGGUUCUCUUUCACUCUGUCCUUCCAGCUUUCCUCAUUCGCCGUGACAGCGUGACUAUGGCUGUGUUCUAUCUCUGUUGUUCGUCCACUUCGCUUCCUCUCUUUGAUUGGAUAGGUUUUGUUCCUUCAAAGAUACCCAUUCACAUGUACUCACAACAGCUUCCCCAUAGCCUCUUUAUAUUCUUCCUUCGUGAUGCUAAUAUUAAUCUCAUGGAUGUGUGUGUGUACAUAAUGUAGCUAUCCUACUGUCGUAUCCCUUUUCGGCUGCGACUUCCCCCUAGUGCUUAUUGAUCGUUUUAACACCUACAAGUUAUGUGCAUGACCAUAGCACUUUGUCUAUGUCUUUCGACCACAUAUCCCACAAGCCUAGGUAAGCAAGGUUUUUACCGAUCAUUUUGUAUGAUAAAGUACCUUCUCAGUGUGCUCUGUUCAGUUGUUCAAUUAUCGGGCCAGGGAGUUUUUAAUUCCACGACUGAUGUAGUAUUUUCAAUAUAUAAAUUCAGCUAUACUGUGAGUAGUUAGCCUGCUGUUUCAA